AUGUCACCAGUCGCCGUUCCAACAUCGCGAAACUACAGCAUUGCGACGAUCCCUGCCGACGGGAUCGGACCAGAAGUGAUCGAAGCGGGCGUCGAGGUAUUGAAAACGCUUUGCGCCGCAUCAGGGGACUUCAAUCUCGAGUUCGAGGACUACGACUGGAGCUCCGAGACGUACAAGAGGACAGGCCAGUAUAUCCCUGAGGGAGGACUGGAGAGUCUCAAGAAACAUGACGCGAUCUUGUUCGGCGCCGUUGGUGCCCCUGACGUCCCAGACCACAUCUCCCUCUGGGGCCUUCGUCUAGCAAUCUGCCAGCCAUUCCAACAAUAUGCCAAUGUGCGACCGACCAAGAUCUUCCGAGGCACGCAAUCGCCUCUCCGCAACGCCACUCCAGGUUCCUUGGACUGGGUCAUCAUCCGCGAGAACAGCGAGGGCGAGUACGCAGGGCACGGAGGGCGGUCGCACAAAGGCCAGGCAUGGGAGACAGCCACCGAAGUAUCUAUCUUCACGCGCCACGCCGUUGAGCGCAUCAUUCGCUUCGCGUUCGAAGUCGCACAGAAGCGGCCCAGGAAACAUCUCACCGUCGUAACCAAGAGUAAUGCCCAAAGAAACGGCAUGGUGCUAUGGGAUGAAAUCGCGGCUGAGAUUGCCACCGAGUUUAAGGAUGUCACAGUCGAAAAGAUGCUCGUCGAUGCCAUGACAUGUCGGAUGGUGUUGAAGCCCGAGAGCUUGGAUACUAUUGUGGCGACGAAUCUGCAUGCCGACAUUCUUUCCGAUCUUGCAGCCGCACUCGCAGGUAGCAUUGGAAUUGCACCAACUUCGAACCUCGACCCCACCCGACAGAACCCCAGUAUGUUCGAGCCAAUCCACGGAUCAGCAUUCGACAUCACAGGGCAAGGUAUCUCCAAUCCAGUCGCGACCUUCUGGACCGCGGCGGAGAUGCUGGCGUGGUUAGGCGAGGAUGCCGCUGCCCAACGUCUACUCGAGUGUGUCGAGCGCGUCUGCGAAAGUGGUGUUGUCACAAAAGACCUAGGCGGAAAUGCGAAGACGGCCGAUGUGACCCGUGCGGUGUGUGAGGAGAUCCAGGCGAGUUAUCAGGCCAAGAAGGCUUCGUAG